AUGAAGCAGCUUAUGAGAGGUCAUUUCCUGCCAACCGAUUACGAGCAAAUGCUCUUUCAUCAGUAUCAACAUUGUAGCCAAGGGCAACGCACCGUCAGUGAUUAUACCGAAGAAUUUUACAGAUUGAGCGCGCGCAACAAUCUGAGAGAAUCUGAGAAUCAACUCGUCGCCAGGUACACGGGAGGUUUGCGGGAAGCAGUGCAGGACAAGUUGCAACUAAAUUCCCUGUGGACACUCUCACAGGCUGUCAAUUUUGCACUCAAGGCCGAGUUGCAACUAUCAAAACAAUCUAAGAGUUACUCCUCGCGACGGAUCCUCCCUGACCAGCCCAGCGAUUCCCGCAGUCUGAGUUCUAAUAAACCCACCGCUCAAGCAUUACCCUCGGGUUCCAGUAACAAUUCUGACGGCAAAGCACCCUUCAAGCCUCGGCCACCACCAAGAGAUAAUCCUUACAUGAAGCCCACUACCUUAAAGUGCUUCCGUUGUUUCCAGCUGGGGCACAAAUCAAACGAGUGCCCCACACGUCCACAGCUACAGCUCGUUGAGGGAGACAAUGAGGAAACGGAAGAGAGGAUCUCGGCCGAUUAUGAUGAGAAUGUAGAGGAACUGCGGAACGCGAUAUUCCGCACGCGGUGCACCAUCGGUGGACGAGUUUGCGAACUCUUGAUUGACAAUGGGUGCACUGAAAAGGUGGUCUCCCGCUCCUUGGUACAGGCCCUGCAACUCAAGACGACGAAGAACCCCCAACCGUAUAAAAUCAGUUGGGUCAAGAAGGGGGUAGAGAUUUCUAUUUCGGACAUGUGCCGAGUUAGCUUCUCCAUUGGCAAAAAUUAUACAUGUGAGGUCCUAUGCGAUGUUAUUGAUAUGGAUGUUUGCCACAUGAUUCUGGGCCGCCCAUGGCAAUAUGACAACGGAGCUGUAUAUGAUUGCCGCCAAAAUACGUAUUCCUUUGAAUGGAAAGGGCGGAAGAUACGGCUCCUUCCACAUGUCCCUGUAUCGGUUGACACCUCCAAUAAGAACAAGGUUGUUCUUAAUAUUGUGUCUGGAGCCAACUUCCUAGCAGGACAACCUUCAUACAUUUAUGCUGUGGUGGCUGUUGAUGAUCCUCCAAGUCAACCACAAGCGAUCCAGGCUCCAGAAAUUGCUGCUGUAAUUCAAGAGUUCGGGGAUGUGAUGCCCGCUGAUUUACCGUCUGAGCUGCCACCUAUGCGGAUGAUUCAGCACCAAAUUGAUUUGGUUCCUGGGGCUAAUCUGCCCAAUCUACCGCAUUACCGCAUGAGUCCGAGAGAACAUGAGAUCUUGCAGGAGAUGAUUGAAAAUUUGCUGAAGCAAAAAUUGAUCCAGCCGAGCCUUAGCCCGUGCGCAGUGCCCGCUUUGCUUGUUCCAAAAAAAGACAAUAAGUGGCGAAUGUGCAUUGAUAGUAGAGCUAUCAAUAAGAUCACUACCAAGUUUCGGUUUCCCGUCCCGCGCAUUGAGGAGAUGCUUGAUAAGCUCGCCGGAUCUAAAUUGUUCUCCAAGCUCGACCUCCGCAGUGGAUACCAUCAGAUACGAAUUCGUCCUG